AGCAAGCAGUAGUUGAACAGUCGUACUACCUGCAGUUCUCAGGGAUGGCGGUCAAAAAGAUUUUUUCUUUGCUGUUUCUGAUGGCAGUUGCCAGUGUACUUCUAAUGUUAUCAUGGGAAUAUUUAUCAACAACCAGCAGUUGGACUGCUUUCUCAGGAAAUAACAGAGAUGAAGACAGAUUGUUGAAAAGUUAUAUUGUAUUCUGGCAUAAAAGAGGAAACUCCACCCUGCCUGCUGUGUUUACAACAACACAUAAAGCAAAAAUUGCAGAUUUCACAAAAACAAACCCAGUAACCGAUCAAAUGGAAGCCUCUACACGUGGCGCUGUGGCUGAGACUCCCAUGCCUAUCCUCUCAAGAAACUCCUUCAAGAAGCUUCCUCAGUGGGAUUUUGAGGAUGUUUAUAACCAAGAUGCUCCACCCAGACAGACAACAUGUGCUGAGUCUCUGCGAAACUCUAAAGAUGAGAGCUUCAAGAAGGCUUUCCUUCCCAACAUACGUUUGUUUCUGCACAAAGACAGCAUCAACAUGAGCGAGUGGAACAGAAUAUCACAUUUUAAUAAUCCUUUUGGUUUUAUGGAGUACAAGUAUAACGAUGUGAUGACUUCGCUGAAGUUGAUCCCAAAGCCAAAAGAGCCACUGCUCCUUCCAAAGCCAGGCAGUGGCGGGUGUGUGAGAUGUGCUGUGGUGGCCACUGGUGGGAUCCUCAAUGGCUCUAAAAUGGGGAAAGAGAUCGAUGCUCACAAUUACGUUUUCCGGAUGAACGGUGCAGCCAUCAAAGGCUACGAGGAAGACGUAGGAAACAGAACAUCAGUGUACGUUCACACGGCCCACUCCAUCACUAUGUCGCCGUAUUUUUUCAAGAAGUACGGAUACACAUCUGCACCUCAUGAUGAGGGUAUAAAAUACGUGCUGAUUCCUGAGGGGAUGAGGGAUUUCAACUGGCUCCAGGGUCUUCUCAAAGGAGAAAGGAUCUCUGCUGGGUCAUAUCGCAACCAUCGGCCGUGGACGUUCUAUGGCGGGCAGUACAAUGAGAGCCGCUUCUAUGUUCUGCACCAGGAUUUCCUCAGAUACGUGCGGAACAGGUUCUUAAAGUCUCCUCAUCUGAAUGGUUCACACUGGGCGAUAGUCAGACCAACCAAUGGAGCAUUCACUCUCUUCCUGGCUCUGCACACCUGUGACACUGUGAACGCAUAUGGAUUCAUGACUGAGGACUACAAGAAAUACUCCAACUACUAUGUUGAGAAGAAUAUUAAAACCAAUGUCAUUUUCUACGCCAACCAUGACUACAUCCUGGAGAUGAAAUUGUGGAAGAAAUUACAUGACAGCAAAAUAAUGAGGCUAUAUCAAAGAACAGACUCAGAAACUGGGACAGAAAAGCUGAAACAACUCAGAUAAACUUAGGUCAUUUUACUUGUCUGUUUUUUAAACUGAUGCUAAUUGUUUACGCUCCUUGGAAGAGAUGAGGAAACUCAAACCCCGAGCCAAUGUAUGACAACAGUUUCUGUAACACUGUCCGGAUUAAGUAUGUGAUAAAUGGAGGCCUUGAUAUGUUUUUUUUCAGUCCUGGUCUGACAAAAUAUACUUAAUAAUUAUUUUAGGUUUGGACUGUUGGUUGGACAAAACACACAUUGUGGAUAUGUCACUUUGGGUAAUUGUAGCGGCAGUAGUAAAAAAAGGCCAGCCUUCCUUUCUUUCCAUUUUCUGGGGUUAUCUUUUCACACCGCCCGCCAUUUUGGCCACAGCAGUGCAAUCACAUGUCUAGUUCUAUAAAACACC